GGUAAUUGUGGAAAAAUAAAAAGAAGGAAAUCGUGGGGGAAAGAGAGAAAAGCAGAGUCGUUUUCAGAUCGUGAAUGAAGCAGAGAAGCGUAUCUCUCUCUCUCUCUACUUUGACCAUUCCUCUUCCUUUUUAUUCCUCCUCUUCAUCAUCAUCAUCUUCGAGCUUCCUACUCCGAUUCUUACUUCUUCUUCUCUUAUCCCAUUAAUCAAUCAACCUCUCUAGGGUUCUUCCUCUUCAGAAGCUGGUUCAUUAGCCAUGGAGCCCAAUGGGUAUAACAGGAAAGAAAGAAAGAGGGAACCUUUUGGGAGAAUGAAUGGUAAUGGUGAUGUUGACGCUGAGCUUGAUCCAUGGACUGCAUGGGCUUACAGGCCUCGCACUAUCUCCCUUCUCCUCAUUGGCGCUUGUUUCCUCAUUUGGGCUAGUGGAGCUCUUGAUCCUGAGAGCACUACUUCUGAUGAUCUUGUCACUUCUGUCAAAAGGGGAGUGUGGGCUAUGAUUGCUGUCUUUCUUGCUUACUCUCUGCUUCAGGCACCUUCAACGGUUCUUAUCAGGCCUCACCCUGCACUCUGGCGCUUAGUCCACGGAAUGGCCGUUAUUUACUUAGUUGCACUUACUUUUUUACUCUUCCAGAGACGUGAUGAUGCUAGGCAGUUCAUGAAGUUUCUCCACCCUGACCUUGGAAUAGAACUUCCUGAGAGAUCAUACGGUGCUGAUUGCCGUCUUUAUGUGCCUGAUCACCCAACAAACAGGUUUAAAAAUCUUUAUGACACUAUAUUUGACGAGUUUUUCUUGGCCCACAUCUUUGGAUGGUGGGGAAAAGCAAUUUUGAUAAGGAACCAGCCGCUUCUGUGGGUGCUUUCCAUUGGUUUUGAGUUAUUGGAGCUUACUUUUAGGCACAUGUUACCAAAUUUCAACGAGUGCUGGUGGGACAGUAUUGUUCUUGAUAUCCUGAUAUGCAACUGGUUUGGGAUAUGGGCUGGAAUGUAUACAGUACGCUACUUUGAUGGUAAAACAUACGAGUGGGUUGGCAUUAGCCGCCAGCCUAACAUUAUUGGCAAAGUUAAAAGGACAUUAGGGCAGUUCACACCAGCUCAUUGGGACAAAGACGAGUGGCAUCCACUGCAAGGACCUUGGCGUUUUAUUCAAGUGCUCACUCUUUGCAUCAUCUUCUUAACAGUGGAGCUGAACACAUUCUUUCUCAAGUUUAGCCUGUGGAUCCCUCCUCGAAACCCAGUGAUUCUCUAUAGGCUGAUCUUGUGGUGGCUCAUAGCGAUUCCAACAACGCGGGAGUACAAUUCAUAUCUCCAAGACAGGAAACCUGUGAAAAAGGUGGGAUCAUUCUGUUGGCUGUCACUGGGGAUAUGCAUAGUAGAACUUCUCAUCUGCAUCAAGUUUGGAACUGGAUUGUACCCAGCGGAAAUGCCAGUGUGGGUAGUGACGCUAUGGGGAAGUGUGGGACUUGGGCUUGUGGCCUUCUUGAUGGGUUGGACAUGGAAGAUUCAGAAGACACUCGAGAGAAAGAGACGCUAAUAAGCUCAUAUAUUAUUGUUGCAGCAGAGGUGAGACAGUCAAAUGCCAUUGUAGGUUUUUUUUUGGUUAUUUUGUAAAUAGGGGAGAAGAGAGAACAAUGUAAAUGCAAUUUUCUUUUAGGGAUAGUUGUGUGAUAUUUACAUUACAGAGCUGUUUCCAAUCAAUUCUUUCAUGCAUCAAAAUUGCAUUUCAUUGAUCUUUGUUCUCUUCUACUCAAACUAGCAAACAUGUUUGGUUUGAAUGGUGUAACAUGUUAGUAACAUUAAUAUCAUCAAUGUUGGUUA